AUGGCAACAGGAUCCAAGACCAACAACAGCAAUGAAGACUCAUCAAAUCAUUGUACGCUUGCCGUGAUUCGAGCACUGACGAUACCUUUCGUCUCUCCACCGAAGACAGAUGAACUCGAGGAUGCACUCUUCUCGCCUUGGGGUGUUCGCGUUCCAGUUGAUCCAACUGACUUCUCGACGCGACAUCACUGGCAAAAGCAAAAGCACACUCCUAUGUUCGAAAGAAUGAUUGAUUGGGAUACAACUUCUACUGCUACCGCAUCUCUUCAUCCUUAUUUCAGCUUUGGGGAUCCCGAUUCUCCCUUCUUCACUCCCUGGAAGGAUGUGGGCAAUUGUUUGAAGUACCUGAUGCUUCAUAGAGUUGAAAGCCACCAGUCGGGGUCCAGCUUGAGCUUGGCAUCACGAGGGAUUGCCUUGUUCCUCGCAACCGGACCCAUGUUUUCCGAAUCUGAACUCGAGAAACUUCGCUUGACUCUGAGCAACAAAGUGCAUCCCGAACGCUACUAUCUUCUUCGAUGUCACCAUGACGGACGGCAAAAGCAGCUGAUCUUCGGAUAUCAUCAAAUGCAUCCCGACGACCAGAGUGUCUUUCAAAUCCUACGACACCUGCAUGUGAUUUCUCUAACGAACAAUGACGACUGGCGCUUACAGACUUGCGUCAUUCUAAAGAACCUGGCACGGAUCCUUCACUGCCUCCAAGACUUUGCAGUGCCGCUCUUGUGGAGCUCACUCACCAAGCUCCGUCUUGUCGAGCAGAGUAACGAAACCAACCAUCAGCCGUACAUCCAGAAAGAGUAUUCUACACCCAACAUUUGCAGCAUCACCAAUGCCACCGUCGGGAAUAUGAUGGAUGUCUACAAGAUGCUGGACGUGGCGCAAGUUCCGCACACGGAUAGAUUGAUAUCGGCAAAGGAGGACAAAACGAGUGCAAUAGUCUGCAACUUUGCUCCCGUUGGGAGAAGCUAUUUGCCGCAAGACGUUGACGAGCUUGUCGACGCUUUGAUCUGUGUCUGUGAAGCGUUGGUUGUGCUGCACAAGCGAGGGGUCAUGCACCGUGACAUUCGGUGGGCCAACGUGUUUCACACAUUUGCUGUUGAUGCUGAACACAGCGGCGAGAAGGUCACCAAGGCGGACCGGGGUCGUGCUUCAUUGUUCUCGAGGGAGUGGGUACUGUUUGAUUUCGAGUUCGCGGCUUGGGCCCCGCAGCCUCCGUUCGGUGCACACACCCUUACCCCAGGCAACCAUGCCCCAGAAAUGGUGGAGUCGGAAGGAAGCGGACAAGCCCAAACUGGACAAUCACACGAUGUCAAAGUCGAUAUCUGGGGACUAGGUUUCCUACUCCAGACAGCCAACGUGGACAUCCCAAAGUCACAUUUAUCAGCGCUACAAAAUAUUCAGGCUGAUUGCAUACAAACGAAUCCAGUCAAUCGACCCUCUGCCUUGCAAUGCAUUGGAGUCUUGAAGGAGCUACAAGCCAAACCGAGAUCAUCGGACAAGGAUGUUGUCCAAAGCUAUCUGCCAUCCGAACACGCCAAGAAGAGGCCAAAAUUGAUUGGAAUGGCGGGGAAGGAUGAGGAAGCGAAUGCCCGUGUGCAUCAAGGAUGA